UCGGCGGGGUCCCGGAUGAGGCGCAGGCGUAGUGCUGUGGUUCGUCAGUGUGGGUUCGUUGAGCGCGUCAGACGCGUUUCUCUCUCGUUUAUUCUCAUUUAAUCUCAGUAUUUGGUCGUUUGCUCCUCAUCGUUGGAAUCAUGAAGCUGCUGCAGAAGCUGUUGCUGCUGCUCUUACUGGCGUUUCCCGCGACGCUGCUGCUGAAGGGCACGGUGGUUUCUGCUCAGGACGCUACUGAGGAAGAGGAGGCUGUGGAUGAAGAUGCCGCUGAUGAUGCGAUGCCGGAGGAUGAGGAUGAUGAAGCUGAGGUGGAGGACGAUGACAACACUGAACUAACGGAAGAAAAAGAAGAGGAGGAAGAAGAAGCUCUAGUGGGGGAGAUGAAGGCUUCACCCAACGCUGACACCACCAUCCUCUUCGUCAAAGGAGAAGAUUUUCCCGCCAACAACAUCGUGAAGUUCCUGUUGGGAUUCACCAACAAAGGCUCGGAGAACUUCAUCGUGGAGUCUCUGGACGCCUCGUUCCGCUACCCGCAGGACUUCCAGUUCUACAUCCAGAACUUCACGGCGCUGCAGCUGGGGACGGUGGUUCCUCCUCAGCGCCAGGCCACGUUCGAGUACUCGUUCAUCCCGGCCGAACCCAUGGGCGGACGACCCUUCGGCCUCGUCAUCAACCUCAACUACAAGGACAGCAGCGGUAACGUGUUCCAGGACGCCGUCUUCAACCAAACAGUCACCAUCACGGAGAGAGAGGAUGGUCUGGAUGGAGAAACGAUCUUCAUGUACGUUUUCCUGUCGGGUCUCGGCCUGUUGCUGGUGGUCGGCCUUCAUCAGCUGCUCGAGUCACGCAAGAGGAGACGACCAGCAGCUAAAGUUGAGAUGGGAACCUCCAGUCACAAUGAUGUGGACAUGAGCUGGAUCCCACAGGAAACACUCAACCAGAUCAUGGCGAGUCGGCGAGAUAAAGCGUCUCCCAGACGAUCUCCACGCAAGAGGACUCAGAAACGCUCGGCCGGAUCAGACGAGUGAGAGGUGUCAUCGUCAUCUUCAACAUCAUCAUCUGUGUUUACAGUGAGACGGCGAGUCUGUCCAUCACUGGACGCCAACAGAGACUGAUACACACUCACACAUACACACCUGUAUACACACUCACACUCACACAUACACACCUGUAUUCUCACACACACACAGGCCGUUUUUUUAAAGUGAAAGUGUGCGAGGAGUUCGGCCGCUCAAGCUUCUGUAGGUUUGUUUUAUUUUUUAAUUACGAGCGUCUGGAUUCUUCUCGUCGUUACUUUGAUCAUCUUCACGUCUGUCUUCUGCGAGGGCUGAUGGGAUUUUUCUGGGCCUCGUCCCUUCGCUCUUCAUCAGGUGUUUCUGCCGCUCGACGUCGAGAGCCGCUGCCGUUUUCCCGUUCGGUCGAUGAAUUGAUAAUGACUGAUUUUAAACGCCUCGUUUGCUUGCAGAAGGUGCCUGAUUUCAUUUCUCUGGUUUUCUUCACGAUUCAUGUGUCGGCGGCUUUCACGCGUCUGAACGCGAGCUGAAGUCUCUGGUCACGUGACUCGAGGACUCGCCACUUCCUUCUGACGGUUUGUUCCUUCUCCAGAUGGAGGAAGACUGUUGUUGUCUGUCUUUUUCUCUUUUUUUUGGUUUGUUUUUGUUGUUUUUUUUGUUUUUUUGAUCAAUCUAAUAAAGUGACGGUAUUGUACAGAAACCUGCCUUGAGUGAGAGCUGAUGUACAGAUCCAAAUGUACUUGGAAAAAUAAAAAACUGAAAUGAACAAAUGAUCUGUUUAUAUUUUGUCAUGUAUCUUCAGUUCUAGAAUGUGAGGGAUUGUGUUUCACCAGCAGUGUUUCUUGGAUUUUAAAGUUUUCAGAAUUCGCCCUGCCAUAAAUUAAGGCCUUAAAAAGCUGUUAAAUAAGAGCAGAAAGUCUUAACUUCAUGAAGUUGUGGCAUUAAAAAUCAGUGUCUUCUCCA